AUGCUCAUCCCUAAACAGACGGCACUGAGCGACCGCCUGCUGGAGUACCUGGACUUUCUCAGGCUCCAGGCGAUAGCUGGCCGAGACAAAGAGUUUCUUAGUUCACAUAAAAAGGAUUGGUACCACGGUGUGUCAGCUCCCUUCACAUUGGUCAAGUAUGCGCCGUUCGAUGCGUUCAACAAGGCCCACUUUGGCAGAACUGUGGACUCAGAAAUCUACCUAAAUCCUCACAUUACGUUAGAGAAGGUCUCCCUACCGCAUGCUGACACUCGAUCCAGCUCACUUGAUUCUCUGUCCAAGUCAGAAGAAGAGACUCUGAAGUACACUGAGCUUUUUAAGAGGGACUGGGACGCAUCUUCCUUUUCGGGUUAUUUUCAAUUGCCAAAGUUUUCUUACUCGAGACAUCAGCAACCCACGGAUCCCAAUUUCGACAUUGACCAGUUCUGCUAUCAGAACCAUUUUGAUGUUGAUAAACUUACUAUUAUGUUCGGUGGCCUUGUGGUCAAUGCCAGCCAAAGCUUAAAGAAUUUGGGUAUUCCUCGACUGACUGACCUUUCGCGUAUCUCAGUUUACUUCCCUUGUGACUUACCUCCCCAUAUCAACAAGGAUGUCCUUAUGUCUCCCUGCGUGAUGCCAAAUCCAGAUAUGAUACUUUUUGAUGCAAUGAAGGGCACAGUUCAGGCAUCUUCCAUUGACUCAUGCUCUGAUGUGCACCCAGGUAACAUAUGUGCCAUGGAGGGAACAAUGAUUUCUGACUCACAUAUGUUCUACUGCGGGGGUUUUGAGGUUGUUGUGGAUAAGGUCGAGUACAGGGACGAAAUCAAUAGGUGGCUCGUACACAAAUCGAUACGGCUUAAUGAACAUGGCUACAUUCUCAACACGAGAACAAAACGUUUCACAAAGGUGAUAAUUAAGUCGAACUCUGAAACUCAUUAUGACGGCGCUAUCGGUAAUGCAAUGGUUUCAAAUCGAAUGGAGCGGGCUUCCCUUCAAACAAACUGUGCUGCUCUGCCAAACCCUCUAGCCCAUUAUCAAAGUGAGGCCUCUUUAUCAGAGGAUGCCACGCCUACAGCAGAAGACAUUCUUCUGUCACCAAAUCUGCCAGGUACAUCAACACCAACAAAAUUCAGUCCCGAGAGACCUCAAGUGAAAGAGCCAAACCCAAGUUUGGCUAAACAUCGUCAACCAGGUGAUGCAAGCCAUAACCAAAUCAGUGGUGGAUCUCUGUCAAGCUCUGGUAUCUUGAGAUCAUCUACACCGACAUCGUCCAGAAACAUCAGUCGCAUCAAUACAGAAGUCUCGAGAAAGAGUCUGAGCAGAGCAAGUGAUCCUCGAAGUUCGAACACCAAUCUUUCGCCUUCAAGCUCGAGCACAGAUAGCUCUCUGAAGAUGACCUCAAUGCUCAUGAAAUCGGCUCGCAUAUUUCACAGAAAUCACCACAAUCAUGCUUUUGGUCAUUCACAAGGCUCUCAAAGUCUGGGUAUAGGCUCCACGCAUUAUCCAGCACAGCAUAUUUCAAGCAUAAGGGCUAGAAGUCCGAGCCCCGUUCCCGGGCAGCAAAACACAUACUCAGAUCAGGUGAGACAGCAUAGAUCUAAGCCUCCACUGUCUGCUAAUUCGACGGCGUCAGCAUCUCCAGCACGGCACAUGACACAAUCGCCUGUUCGUCAUUCUUCAGAUAUUGCCAAGACAAGAUCAAAUUCGUCGGGAAAUGACGAGAGAAUUUCACCAAACGACGUCCCCACAAGUGCUGACAAACCCAGAAUCGAUACAAGUCAUCAUGGAAGCGAUCUCAUGAAUAAUCCGGAAAGAAAUUUGAGCCCAGAUGAUUCUGCUUCCAUAGAUUCAUCACCAACAGUGGGCGGGUCAUUAGUUGCAAAGGACUCCGCAACUGAUACCGGCGUUCUUUCAGUUACCGUUUAUUUAUUCGGUGGAUUCGUGAGGUACCUAGGUGAGGAUAACAGGACUUAUUUCAAGGCGACUAACGACUUAUUGAGACUUGAGCUUAUAGUUGAAGACAGCCUGUCUGAGAAAUUCCAUCAUGAGGCUCUUAUCUGCGAUGCUACAGACACUAGCAACUGUAAAGUGUGGCCAACAUGCCGAGGCUUUUUUGCUAAAUGUCUAAUUAAGAACAGUUCAGCCAGUGAAUUUUGCUCUUUGCAACUGAACCACUUUCAAAAGAUCUCCGACGAGUCUUCGAAGUCACAACUAUUCUCUCCAGACGCUUCUCAGAAUGGUAUCUCAGCAAGCGAGAAAUCUGUAAAAUCAAGCACGUAUACAUUUGAUCUGUACCUAAAGAACAGGUGCCUCUUGAUACAGGGUGGUGUGGAUGAAAACAACGUGGUCUGCAGUGAUGUUUAUAUCUUCAACUUUUCCACAUACACAUGGCAUAAACAACAAAGCUUCGCGUUCGAUUAUUAUAAUGAACCCAAACAGCCUUUUGAAGACGAGGUUUGUGAGAAGCUUUCAUUGGAGAGAGCUAGUAAGAAUGCACCACUAGUCGAGGCCGAACUUCGAGCUUGCCAUCAUCACGCCUUGUUGUAUGAACAAGAUAGUAAGGAAUAUGUUCUAUUUGUUGGAGGCUUUAAUAAUGAUUACUUAAGACACUUUGAUAGAGAGCCAUAUGUGAGUGAUCGGUUUGACGUGUCUCGCCUUGCACGGUUCUCUCUCACCACCUCAAACCCUAAUUUACUCCGUGUUCCUGCGCUCAAUCUCCAAACUCAAACGUGGGUUUUUAUGAGAUUCUUCUUCGAUUUGAGGGAGAGUAUCUCGAGUAAGGCAAUGGACAUGUUGAUGGGUAACCCAAACUUUAGGAACCUGAGAAUGGCUUUGAACGGUGGUGGGUGUUCCAUCAUGGGAAAACAGAUUACAUGGUGUCAUGGUUUGGUGAAUUUCGUAUCAGAGAAGGCAGAGGACUUCGACAAGUACAAGCAAGAGAUCAAGAGCAAUGUCGUCUUGACUGGUUGCCACUGUCACUUAUCUUUCCCUAGUAUGUGA